UUAAAUUUCUCGGACUUGCCAGGUAUUCUCUGUGCUCUCACUCUCAUUACUGACUCAGCUGUGGUACAUGUGGGCUGGUUACCUGGAAUACCAGUCUGUGUUUUUCUCGGGAAUGAGACAGGUCUAUAUCGGACCAGGCUUAGGAUAGUAGGCUGAGGAUACAUUGUGGUUCAUUUCUUGACUUGCCUGCAGUUGUGUAUAUAUAAACAGUGGGAGCUACAAAUAUGUAAUCAGAUGGUUACUAGUACAUAUUCUGGAAAUAGGGGUGAAAGAGAGGCUAUGGGCCGUGGGAGGGCUGCUGGGAACUGGUCCCAAACUUCGUCCUCUCCGCCCCCGGAGUCCGUGUACAAGGUCGGGAUCUACGGCUGGCGGAAACGGUGCCUGUACUGUUUUAUCCUGGUGCUGCUGGUGCUCAUCAUAGUCAACCUCUCACUUACAAUAUGGAUACUCAAAGUCAUGGACUUUUCUGGGGCAGGAAUGGGGAAACUGAGAAUCACAAACCAGGGUAUCCGUGUGGAGGGACACUCAGAAUUUCUAGCACCCCUUUAUGCAGCACAAAUAAAGUCAAAUACAGACAAAGCUUUAUUCCUUGAAUCAUCCAAAAAUGUAACCAUCCACACUAGAAAUGAAGCAGGCAGCAUUACAAACAGACUGUACAUAGGUUCCAAGGAAGUGGAGAGUUACUGUGAUAGUUUUGAAGUGGUCAACUCUGCUGGAGAGCAGCUGUUCUAUGUGGAUGGGACACAGGUCACCAUAGGACCAGAAAAACUCCACAUUGCAGGUAAAGAGGGCACUGUCUUCCAGGGAUCUAUACAAACAGGUGCUGUACGUUCCAACAUCUCCAAAUCUCUAACGUUGGAAUCUCCAACCAGAGAAUUAAAACUUCAGGGUCCCCAGGGUAUUACUCUGUCCUCACUGGUAGGAGAUGUUACUAUGACAACUCUACAAGAUGUUGUUCUCCACUCCACGGGUCAAGCAAUAAGACUAAAUUCCCAGAACAUUCACAUGAAGAACUUACAGGUCAGCUCUCCAGUGGGAUCAGGCCGUGCCUACCCCGAGGUGUACCAGCUGUGCGUGUGUGGGAACAAUGGCCGCCUGUUCCUGUCAGAGCCUACGGGGGAAUGUCAGGCAACUGCAGAUGUAUGCACGUAGCAUAUGCUUCAUCUUUACGAACAGUGGUAGAUGCAUGUGCACUGCAUGUUUGAGGUAUAUGGAGAGUUGCAGAUCGAUGUCCACAGCAUAUAUUUGAUAUAUACGGAGCUGCAUAUGUAAGUGCACAGCAUAUGCUUGAAAUAUACAGGGAGCUGCAGAUGCAUGUGCACAGCAUGUGCUUCAUCUUUCUUCAAUACCACGGAACAACCAGUACGUAGUAAUGAAAAGUAUUUGGGGCAUACUGCUGUUGUCCCAUGGACAUUUAUGCAGCUUUAAUGGAAAGUUCUAGCAGGAAAUAAUUGUCAUAAAAACAGUAUUGUCAACUCUGCGCUGUUCACAAUGUGAAGAUCUAUUAUUAUUGGAUGAUUUAAGUGAUGGAUGCUGGCAGGACUGCUGAGGGGGAUGAAAUAACACUGCUGUGGCCUGUCGCACAAGAGAACGUUAGCCUGGAAUUUGGUCUUAACUUUAAGAUCUAAAUUUUAGAUACACAAAUUGGUAGUCAUACAGUUGAUGAAAAAGUUGCAG